AUGGCGAAACUCAUGACCUUCCCUGUCUUUGACGCGAUAGGACCACUUGAACCCUACACUGAUCCUAUGACAAUGUCAGCACUGGACAAACUAUGUCUAAUCCCCUUCAUUGACAGCAUGCGCGGCAAGAUUGUCGACGCGGUGCACAAUCUCCCCGGUGACCUGAAGAAUCUGCCAGCAAUGCCUCCCAUGGUCAUGACUGGAGAGCGAUGCUACAUCACCAACUUGCGACUCUUGCUACGAUACCUGAAGCACGUCAGCAAGGCCUGCCAGCGCCAACAAGCAGACGAAGCGGUCAAAGUCCUCACCAGAUGGCGUACCCUGGUCAAGCGUUCUCACGACCUUGAUGAAGCAUCAGCAGAGAUCCUCCUCAAGCACGACGACGAAGAUUUCGAAUUCCUCCACAAGAAACCCGACACCGAAACCUCAUCCCCGCGAUCGCUUUCAGCCAUCUCAGAGGCUUCCACACUACACAGCAGCCCCAACACAAGCGUUGGAGGUGGCGACAGGGCACAGGGCACUGAGGAUUGUAUCAUCGCAGUUGAUGCAGACAAGAUGACAGCCAAUACAAAGGAACAAUCAGACGAUGACAAUGAGUCCAAGAUCUCUGAGAAUGACGAGCUUGCAGUGGCACACUGGACUGCGCUUUCUACUGCUGAAGGGUGUGAGCAUGUUGGAACCAACAGCACUCGCAGUGUCAGUCGUGCAGGCCAAGACAGUGUCGACAAUAUUGAGCAACCUGACAUGGUCGACGCACAUCAACAUGUGAUGGACUUUGCAGACGAGGGGCUUGAGUUUGAGUUCGACUUUGACUAUCCUUUGGAUCAACCUGAAGUCAAACCGACCGCAGAAGAGCCAGGCAACAACCUCGCCAUGGAAAUUCACGCAGCAAACGUUAAGGAGCACGCCGAUCUCACACACGUCUUCCUGUUCCCUCGCGAGGACGGACCAGAUGCCGCCAAAGGCACUUCAUCUAUCGAAACUACCGAGUCAAGAAAUCAGAAAGUGGGUGAGCCAGUGGAGCAUGAGUCAAGCAACAACACCGCCACCGAAAUCCACGCAGCAAACGUCAAGGAGCACGCCGAUCUCACACAUGUCUUCCUGUUUCCUCGCGAGGAUGGCAACGAAGGGACUCCAAACUUCAAAGUGCCCGACUCAGACAAGCAGGCUGGCUGCCAGAGACUGACUGAAUCAUCCAAUGUUGAGGCAGGAGUCAUCCCCGAAGGAGAUGAAAACAAUUCGAUCGCCGAACUCCACGCUGCCAAUAUCAAGGAACAUGAUGAUCUUGGCCAUGUAUUCCUUUUCCCAAGAGAGGAUGGGCCAGAGGCGCAUGAAGAUAUCGAUGACCAGCACGCACCUGCACCAGGUGUUUCAGUAGUCGACUUUGCAUACGAACAAUCUUCCGAUCUGAUGCCAGAAACGGCUGACGGAGAGCUAUUCGACUUCGACUCCAUGGUCGUCGAGCCUGCUGCUGAGGAAGAAUCAACAUUGAUCUCCGAGACCACGCCGAAGCUUCCAAAGGUGCUUGACCUUGGAAUCGUGUGGGAUGCGAUGCCAGAGAUCGAGUCAGAUAUGGGUGACACUGAAGCUCAUGUCGAAGAGAUUGACUCCGAGCCCUUGUCAAGUGUCGAGAAAGAUCAAGUUCCAGGGAGCAAGCAGGUUGGGAAGACUAACGGGAGUGGAACUCUUGACUCCAAAGACGGUGAACAGGUUGAUGCUGCCAAACACAUCGAAGUCGUUGGCGGCAAAGAGCACGAGGAGACCAAAGACGCUGCCCAAGUCAGUGACGCCAAUCACACUGCGCACGUCGAGAUCAUCGACAUCAAACCAACCGUCACCAGCUCCGAAGCGAGUCCGGAACCACACUGGGCUUGGACAGCCGGCUUCAUGGGUCUGUCAGCCGGUGCAGUCGUCGCUGCUGUGCGCAACCCUCUGUUUGCAUCUGCCUUGUUAUUCGGUGGGAUCGCAUAUGCGAAGUACCGCUUGAACCAGCCUGCAUGA